AUGCCGCUCCGCGUUGUUUGCAGUCAGGUGCAGAUUCCCGCUGUGCUUGCAGACCAAGCCAAGGACAUUCUCCAACGCUUUGCUCCAGUGUUCCAAGACGGCCUGGGUCGUUGCACAUACACUCAAGCCGUGCUACAUCUGUCUCCUGGAAGUCCACCAGUCUUCCGUCCAAAGCGACCAGUCCCAUAUGCAGCCCUACCACUUGUCGAGGCUGAACUGAAGCGUCUAGAGGAAUUGGGAGUUCUGGUUCCUGUAUCCUACUCCGCCUGGGCCGAUCCAAUCGUUGUGGUUAAGAAGCCCAAUGGCUCGGUCCGCAUUUGUGCUGACUUCUCCACCGGUCUCAAUGCCGCGCUGACGCCGAACUGCUAUCCAUUACCGGUUCCGGCUGAUCUUUUCACCCUGCUGAAUGGUGGCACUUGCUUUGCCAAGUUGGAUCUUGCUGAUGCGUAUCUGCAGAUCGAGGUCGCCCCAGAGUCGCGCGAAUUGUUGACCAUCAAUACCCACCGCGGUCUGUUCCAAUACACCAGGCUGCCCUUUGGUAUCAAGACCGCCCCGGCCCUAUUUCAACAAACGAUGAACGCAAUGCUCUCCGGCAUCCCUGGCACAGCUGGGUACCUGGACGACAUCAUCAUCGUGGGUCGCUCCCCUGCCGAGCUGCAAGACCGAGUGUGCGCAGUACUCGAACGCGUGCAGGAAUAUGGCUUUCGCCUACGGGCCGAGAAGUGCCAAUUCUUCCUCGACUCCAUCAAGUACCUUGGAUUCGUUUUUGACGCCAAUGGUCGCCAUCCCGAUUCUGAAAACAUUCGGGCCAUCCAACGGAUGCCUGCCCCCAAGAAUGUAUCGCAACUUCGUUCGUUCCUUGGCCUGAUCAGCUACUAUAGCGCCUUCCUACCAUCGCUGCAUGACGUACGGGCCCCGCUCAACCGUCUGUUGCAGAAGGAUGCUCCUUGGUGCUGGUCCCCCGACUGUGAAAAGGCCUUCGCCCAGCUAAAGUCGAUACUGAGUUCAGAUCUGUUGCUCACGCACUACGACCCGACGCUGCCGAUCGUUGUUGCUGCAGAUGCUUCCAACCACGGAGUUGGUGCCGUCAUCUCACAUACUUUUCCUGAUGGGUCUGAAAAGGCGAUCAUGCAUGCAUCUCGCACGCUAACCCCUGCGGAGAAGAACUAUGGGCAAAAAGAGAAAGAAGCUCUAGCCCUCGUGUUUGCCGUCAAGAAAUUUCACAAACUGUUGUACGGUCGCCACUUCACGUUGUUGACGGAUCACAAACCAUUGCUGUCAAUCUUCGGUUCGAAGAAGGGCAUUCCCGUCUACUCAGCCAGCCGACUUCAGCGAUGGGCAACCAUCCUUUUUGGCUACGAUUUCGACAUUCGCUACUGUCGUACUACAGACUUUGGUCAGGCUGACGCCCUUUCCCGCCUCAUCAGCAAUCAGCAGGAACCGGAAGAAGAUACCGUGAUUGCAGCUAUUUCGAUUGAGGACGGUGUGCGCCGUCAGCUAUCAGACGCCAUACGAGGUAUCCCUGUCACUGCCGCGGACAUCCGACGUGCUACUGAACAGGAUCCUGUCCUCCGCCAGGCCAUCACCUACGUGCAGACCUGCUGGCCAACCACUGCUCUCGCUGGCGAUCUUCGCCAGCUCUUCCUCCGCCGAGCAUCGCUAUCUGUGGUUGACUCCUGCCUCAUGUUUGCAGACCGUGUGGUGAUCCCAUCUUCCCUCCGACCCACUGUACUACGCCAGUUCCAUGCGGCUCAUCCUGGUACCAGCCGAAUGAAGUCUAUUGCUCGCAGUUUUGCCUACUGGCCGGGUAUCGACGGCGACAUCGACGACCUGGUUCGACGCUGUUCUCGAUGUCAGCAAGCUGCCAAAAUGCGGCCUCGUCAACCUCCAAUACCCUGGCAACCACCGGAGAGGCCUUGGUCACGCGUGCAUAUCGACUUCGCUGGCCCACUUAACGGAGUCUCCUACCUAAUCUUGGUUGACGCCUACUCGAAAUGGACCGAGAUUGCUCCGCUGAAUCCAGCAACCGCAUCUGCCACUAUCGCCUUCCUACGACGCAUCUUUAGCCAGCAUGGCUUACCAGAAGUCCUGGUUUCAGAUAAUGGUUCUCAGUUUAUCUCGUCGACGUUUGAAGAUUUCUGCCGCCAGCACAACAUCCAGCAUCUUCGCUCCCCGCCCUACCAUUCUCAGUCUAACGGUCAGGCGGCGCGUUUUGUCGACACGUUUAAGAGAGCCCUCUUGAAAGCUCGUGGGGAGGGGACCACGGACGAGAUAGUCCAGGCGUUCCAGUUUUCCUACAGGACGACACCGAACCCGGCGUCCCCUGGUGGCGUUUCUCCUGCCGAAGCGUUGAUGGGCCGAAAACCGCGUACAACGUUUCAUGCCCUCGUCCCUACCGGUGCGCAGCCCGCGCAGACUUCUCCAGUUUAUCGCAGCAAGCUCUCCAUCGGAACACCUGUCUUCGUUCGUGAUUAUCGAGCGGGGUUCCCAGACUGGAUUGAAGCAACCGUAGUAUCGCACAGAGGCAGUAUGUUGUUUGACGUCGACGUUGGUGAUGACAUCUGGGUUCGCCACCACAACCAGAUCCGACGGCGACAUUGCAGUAACACAACUGGGCUCGAUUCGGCGCCGUCACUCUCUCUCGACAUCCUACUGGAUACCUUCGCCAUUCGGGCAGAUCAGUCGGUUCCCGAACCCACUUCUGCGCCCCCUUCGGAUAUACCAUCUUCGGUAUCAGUUACCGCUCCCGUAUCUCCAGGCAUUAAACCACGACUAAGACACCGGACCAACCGCGUGCGCCGAUCAACACGUCUGAUGCAGGUCAACCCACGCCAGAAGCGGUACUGA